UACAAUCUCUUACGGAUUACGUAGUAAACAAAGAUUGAGAGUAUUCCUACACGUACAUACUAAAAACAUAUACACUAAAAAGUUAGUUAGAGUCUCUUUGUAAAUUGCACUUGUAAUUUCACACCCUGUUUCCCACACUAUUCCAGCAAACCAAAAAACAUUUACUAGUCAUUAAAUAUCCCACUUUCCACUAAAUAAAAUUGACCCUCUUCUUGGCCCCUCCAAAUUUCUUUAUAUAAACUCCCUUAUUUCCUUCAUUAUGCAUGUAACAAUAUUUACACUCACUCAUCCAAAAUUACUCUCUCUGCCCUUUAUUUUCUCUCUUUCUUUCUUUCUAAACUUAGACACACAAAAAUAAAAAUGGAGAAGUUAAACAAAUGUGAUGCAAAUUAUGCAGCUCUUACACCAAUUACCUUCUUGCAAAGAGCUGCAACGUGUUAUGCUGAUCGAGCUUCGAUUAUCUACGGCGAAGCUCGUUUCACUUGGAGGGAGACUUAUGAUCGUUGUCGUCGUCUCGCCUCGUCUCUUAAGUCCCUUGGUAUAACCAAGAAUGAUGUGGUUUCAGUGUUAGCCCCAAACAUACCGGCAUUAUAUGAGAUGCACUUUGCGGUGCCAAUGGCAGGAGGCGUACUAAACACCAUCAAUAGUAUGCUUGAUGCUAACACAGUCAAGAACAUCCUUUCCCAUUCCGAGGCAAAGAUUUUGUUCGUGGACUACGAGUACAUCGCCUUGGCUUGCAAGGCGAUGCGCCUUCUUAAGGCUGAAGCGAAGCCAUCAGCCGUCUUACCAUCCGUGAUUCUCAUCAAUGAGAUAGGUUAUCCUACGGGAAACAAUGGUGGUGGUGUCAAGAAAGGUGAGCUUAAGUACGAGCAGCUACUAAUGACUAGCAACCGCGAUUUGGUGGCUGAGUCUUCCCUCCCUUUGGUUGAUGUUGAUAAGCCUUUGAGUUAUAAUCUUAAGGGUCGUUAUAAUGGGUUGUUGGAGUAUGAACAAGUGAUUGGAAUGGGUGAUCCUAAUUUUGUUGCUGUUAAGUUGGAUGAUGAGUGGGAUCCUAUAGCUCUCAACUACACCUCUGGCACCACGUCCGAGCCUAAAGGAGUGGUGUAUAGUCAUCGCGGAGCCUACCUUAGCACCUUGAGCAUGGUGUUGGGUUGGGAGAUGGGAACGGAACCGAUUUAUUUGUGGUCCUUACCCAUGUUUCAUUGCAAUGGGUGGACCUUCACUUGGGGGGUUGCGGCCCGUGGUGGGACUAAUGUUUGUAUUCGAAAGACAACCGCGUCUGAGAUCUAUCGGAGUAUUGCCUUACAUGGGGUUACACACAUGUGUUGUGCGCCCGUUGUGUUUAAUAUUAUUAGGGAGGCUAAGCCUGAUGAGCGAGUGCAACUUAAGUCACAAGUUCAAAUCCUUACAGGAGGGGCCCCACCUCCUGCAGCUUUAUUGCUGGAGAUGGGGCAAUUAGGGUUCCAUGUGGUGCAUGCUUACGGGCUAACAGAGGCCACAGGGCCGGCCUUAGUUUGCGAGUGGCAAACUAAGUGGGACCCUUUACCCCAAGAGGAACAAGCGCGGCUUAAGGCACGUCAAGGGGUUAGUGUCCUUAGCAUGGUAGAUGUUGAUGUUAAGGACAUAAAAACUAAGCAAAGUGUGCCUCAUAAUGGUACAACUAAAGGUGAAAUUGUACUGCGUGGUAGUGGCAUUAUGAAGGGAUACUUAAAGAAUGAGAAAGGAACAUCCGAGGCUUUCGAGGAUGGAUGGUUCCAUACCGGCGAUGUGGGUGUCAUCUAUCCGGAUGGGUAUAUUGAAAUCAAAGAUAGGUUGAAAGAUGUGAUCAUAUCCGGUGGGGAGAACAUUAGUAGUGUGGAGGUGGAAGCGGUUAUUUCCCGACUCCCAGAGGUGUUGGAGGUAGCGGUCGUGGCAAUGCCUCACCCGCGAUGGGGUGAAAGUCCUUGCGCGUUUGUAGUGCAAAAGGUCAAAAAUGAAAAAUUGAAGGAGCAAGAUAUAUUGGCACAUUGUAGGAGUAACUUACCACACUAUAUGCUACCUAAGAAGGUAAUGUUUAUGAAGGAGUUACCAAAGACGGCCACCGGUAAGCCACGAAAGGACUUAUUAAGGGCUAUUGCAAAGAAGACUAACGUAUCAACCGUGCAAAACGAGCAUCGAACAGACCAAUUAGUCACUAUGUCACGUUUAUAGUCCUAAUUUAAUCAACUAAAAUCUACUAGUAUAUAUAUUCUGAUGUAUUUGUCCUUGUGAAACUUCUAUUAAAGCUCAAGUUUUGUGUUUCUUAGUCAUUGGAGUGUUUUUAGAGUGCUUGAUGUAAUAAAUGUCUCAGAGACGACCGUAAUCAUCCCUAACAAGAUGUGUAUAAUACCAGUUGAAAUGUUUGUUGGGUAUACUAAUGUGAGUUUGAGUACACCUUGAUAUUAAAUGUAAACAAGUGGUUUAUAUUCAA